AUGCCCAUUGGCAACCUGUACGUCAUUGCAGGCGUCUCCGUCGUCGGAGGCGCCCUGUUCGGCUUUGAUAUCUCGUCCAUGUCGGCCCAGCUCGGCGAGCAAUCCUACAACUGCUACUUCAACGACGGCCCCAAGGGCCCUCCCUUUACGCAGGAACCAUGCAGCGGUCCCAGACCGCUCACCCAGGGCGGUAUUGUUGCCUCGAUGGCUGCUGGCUCCUGGCUCGGCGCCCUCAUCUCAGGUAUUCUUUCUGAUCGCCUCGGCCGUAAAAAGUCCAUCAUGAUUGGCGCUGUUAUUUGGGUUAUCGGCUCUAUUCUUUGCUCGGCUUCUCAGAACCAGGGCAUGCUCAUUUUCGGCCGUAUCGUCAAUGGUCUCUCUGUCGGUAUCGAGUCUGCGCAGGUCCCCGUCUACAUUGCCGAGAUCUCGCCCCCCUCCAAGCGUGGGCGCUUCAUUGGUUUCCAGCAAUGGGCCAUUACCUGGGGCAUUCUCAUCAUGUACUACAUCUCCUACGGCUGCGCCCAGAUUGGCAAGAAUGAGUGGAACGACCAUACUACCGCCAACUGGCGUGUCCCAUGGGCGCUUCAGAUGAUCCCCGCCAUCUUCCUCUUCUUCAUGAUGAUGCCACUCCCGGAAUCCCCCCGCUGGCUUGCGCGCAAGGACCGCUGGGAGGAGUGCCACAGCGUUCUCACCCUCGUCCACGGCCAGGGCGAUCCCAACCACCCCUUUGUCUCGUACGAACUGCAGGACAUCAAAGACAUGUGCGAGUUUGAGCGCCGCCACGCCAAUGUGACCUACCUCGAUCUCUUCAAGCCACAGAUGCUCAACCGAACCGUCAUUGGCCUUUUUACCCAGAUUUGGUCUCAGCUUUGCGGCAUGAACGUCAUGAUGUACUACAUUACCUACAUUUUCGAAAUGGCGGGGUACGUCGGCAACGCCAACCUGCUCGCCUCCUCCAUUCAGUACAUUAUCAAUGUCUUCAUGACUGUCCCUGCGCUGCUCUGGGCAGACAGAUGGGGUCGCCGCAAGACCAUGCUCGUCGGUUCCACCCUCAUGGGCCUCUGGAUGUUUAUGAAUGCUGGCCUGCUGGCGACGCACGCCGAGAUUAUCCCCAAAGCUGACCGUAAGCAAGAUGUCCUGUCGAUGAGGGUCUCUGGUGCCCCCGCCAAGGUUCUCAUUGCCGGAACCUAUCUCUUCGUCGCUUCGUUUGCUCCCACCUGGGGUCCCGCUUCGUGGACUUAUCCCCCUGAGCUGUUCCCCCUCCGUCUUCGCAGCAAGGGCGUUGCUCUGUCCACUUCUGGGAACUGGGCUUUCAACACUGCGCUCGGCCUUUUCACGCCUCCCGCUUUUGCCAACAUUGCGUGGAAGGCCUACAUUGUCUUUGCCGUCUUCAACGUGGCUGCUUUCGUUCACGUAUACUUUACCUUUCCCGAAACGGCCGGCAAGACCCUUGAAGAAACUGAGGCCAUGUUUGAGGACCCCAAGGGUAUUCCGUACAUGGGCACGCCGGCCUGGAAGACUCAUGCUGUCACUAGCGCCAUGCGCAGGGCUGAACACGGUGACAUUGAGGCUGCGGCCAAGAUUUCAGAGAUUGAGAAGCCGCGUACCCCUCCGAUUGAACAACACGAAGUUAUCCCUAAUAAGCAGUAA